GCGAAAAAUUAUACACAAAACAAAUCGCAUCAUCUUCAUCAUCAUGUUCUCGAAAAGAAACCUUAUAGAUGUUCCAGGAGUGGAGGCCCCCCUGUGGAUGGAGCGGCGGUGGCAUCCGCGCGCCCUUUUUUCCGCGGUGGUGGCAUGUAAGAACUCCCGGGAACGAUGGCCUCAAAAGGCGGACCCGGAGGCUCCUGGCGGCUCUCCGCGUGUGCCCCACAGGCGUCCCGGCUCUUGGGCCCUUUCAGGAGGACUGCCCCUGAGGGACGAAGGCGGCCACGGUCGCGAGGCCUGGCCCCUUUGGCGCUCAUCCCCCCGAUUGGUGGCACCGUCGGCUACCCCCAAACGCCCGGGGGGUCGAGGACCAAAGGCGAAGAGGAGUGCGGGCAAGGCGUGCCCGCCUGGGUUCUGUCGCAUACAUGCAGCACGGCGAAAGGGGCCCAGCCUUGCCACCUUUGCCACCUUCGGAAGCCUCUCCCCCAGCCUUCGGUGCUUCAAUGGCCUCAGGGAUGGGGGUCCUGUAGGGUCCAGGCAAGAAGCGGGAACGGGUCGGAGUUGGGCGCUUGAAGGCCUUCCCGCCUGACCGUCCCUCUGGGAAAAGGGUCCGGGGCGGGAGGCCCCCACCUCAAAAAUUUAGAUGGGGGGCCCUUGCCCCUGACCAUGGGACGUAUAUGAAUAUAUUGAAAAAAGAUGGCAUCUAAAUAGAGCACAUCACUUUUUGUCGAACUUCUCGUCUAUUUUGAUAAUUUAUUCCUCAAGCUCAAGCUCAAGCAAGCUUAUAUUAACAGAAGUAUUUACAUUCCCAAGAGAAAACUGCAUCAUGCAGCCAGGAGCGACAUUGAUGAAGGCUUAAGACCGCACUUUUGAAAGUCAAAUCGAGCUUCCCAAUGGCGCGUCAGCGCCGUCUUUUUUGCGCCGCGGCGUUCGCCGUGAACGCGCGUGAGGCAUACAGGAUUCAAAAUUCUGGUCCCAGGGGUGCAGGUAGAGGUAGGGAUCUCCAUUUCGGGCCUUCACCUCUGCGCAAAUCAGCGGCGUCUGAGGAAGACCACGAGCACGGAGGCCAUGCCCACAAGGAGGAGAACGGGGACGCGCAUUACGAUGAUAGGCUGUCUCGUCAUAAACGAGUAGUGCUACAUCAAGAAGAAGACCAAGAUGCAGAUGAUAUCGUAGCAAAGUCCUCUUCUAGAAUGAGGAACGGUAGCAAAACGCCUUCGCGCCGGCAGCAGAGGGAUGUCCACGAGGAAGAACAAGAUUUAAGGCUAUUAUGUAUUUGCAUCAUCAUUCCAUCGAUCUCUCUGCAUCUGCAACAUCUAAGUACUUUAUGUUGUUGAUUUUUUUCUUCCGAUUGCGAUAUACCUAUGCCGUCAUUGUAAUUGUAUCAAAUUGGUGAUACCCUUUUGCACAAUAUUAGUAUUUAUUUGACCAAGACUUCUCCUUAAGGAGGCCUCCUAAGGAGCUGGAGCUUCCUCAAGGAAAUUGCAUUCCUUAAAGGACUUGUAUAAUAGAAAUCUACUAUAGGGCUCCCUUAAGGGCCCCUAAGGGAGCUCCUUAAGUGGCCCUUGUAAUAAAAUUGGGCUAAUAUUAGACCCUUCCUGAAGGGCCACCUCUUAAGGGCCUCGACUUCCUUGCUAGCUUAGCCAUGGCGAGCUAGCUCGCUGCUUAGCCAUAGCUAGCUCGCUUGCUAGCCUAGCCCCGGUAGCUUAGGUUAGCCGUAGCUAGCUUGCUAGCUGCUUAGCCAUGGCGAGCCUGCUCGCUGCUUAGCCAUAGCUAGGAAGCUUGCUAGCGGCUUAGCCAUAGCUAGCCUGCUAGCUGCUUGGCCCUGGCCAGCUUGCUAGCUGCUUGGCCAUAGCUUUAGCUAGCUAUAGCUUGCUACUGGCUGCUUAACCAUGGCUGGAGCGCUAGCUGCUUGGCCAUAGCUAGCUUGCUAGCUGCUUAGCCUUGUCUAGCUUUCUUUCUAGCUGUUUAGCCAUACCCAGCGUGCUAGCUGCAUAGCCAUUGCAAGCUUGCUAGGCUUGGCGCUAGCUUAGUCAUUGCCAGCUUCCUAGCCUAGCCAUGGCCACCUUGCUAGCUGAGCCCGGCAUAGCUAGCCUGCUAGCCUGGUCAUGACCAGCACCAGCUUGCUACCUAGCAGCCUCGCCAGGGCUAGCCUGCUAGCUUAGCCAUAACCACUCCAGCUUGUUAGCUUAGCAAUAGCGAGCCAGCUGGUGCUGGCUCAGCAAUGGCCAGCGUCCACGCCGGUUCAUUCUAAGCCAGCCGCGCGUCGUUGGCUUGAUGACUUAGCGGCUUGCUUCGUUUGUCUUAUCUGUCUAGUUGCUAAGUGCUUACCUAUGCGCAGCGCGGCCCUCGAUGGGCCCGCUUUCUGGGCAUGUGUGAACAUUGUAAGGACUCUAUGCCUACGACGGCCAUAGCUAUAGCACCGUCCCAAGAGAAAACUGAACACACUUCACGUCCACUUUCUUAUUACAGGCAUUAAAUAUGGCACGACCAUGAUGAGGACUUAGUAAAGACAGCGGUGAGCGCUAAUUGCGUACGACACACAAGCGUUAGCACAGGAUGCAGCUUCAAAAGAGGGGUUGGCGUUGGACGAAGAUGCCGACGAAGAUGCAGACGAGAACCAGAGUCAGGAGUCGCAGUCUCCCAAUCGAAGCCGCACGGGCACGUCUUUGGCGACGUCGCUGCACGAAAGCAGCGCGCAUACUGAUAGAACAUCAAAGAACCGUCAUGUUGCGCUUGCGUCUUCUUCGUCAUCCUCGAAGGCGGGAUCCCGAUCUUCAUCGAAGAGCAGCCUUACAAGAACUUCUGGAUCUUCUAGGACACGAAGAACAAGGCGCGGUAGUAAGUCUGAAGACAAACCAGCCGCGCCCGCGCAGAAGCAGAGGGUUUUGUCAGCUGAUGAAGCCAAGCGUCUGCUUGCCGGACUCGAUAGCUCCGCGGAAGGAGUAGAAGCCGAAAAGUCAAAAGGAGACAGCCAAUCGAACGAGGAGCAAUCAUCUCAACCCAAACAAGCUGAACAGGAAACGCAGCAACAGGAACAGGUUAAUCCUAAUCAGGCACAGCAACAACGUAAAUCAGAAACCAAGCAAGGGGAAGCGCCCAGACACUCUCGUGAUGAACCCGCUUCUAAAAACGCCGUGAAGCAAGAACUUCCCGAGCCGUCGGAAACCAAGAAGUACACAAGCCGUACGACAGACGGCGAUCACGAACUGCCGCUGGACGUCGAUGUCGAGGAUUAAGGUUUUCGAUAACUCAAGUGAAGCCUCGCAACGUGAGACACCUAGUAACUGAAUGACUUGUAUUCCUCUCUCAAGUCCCUAAAUAAGGACGCUUAACAAUAAUAUUUGUGCACUUGUUUAUUUUGGGUUAUUAAGGUGUCACUUCGGGAGACCAUAUCCAUAAGAUCAUCUUUCUUGUUUUCGCUUCUUAGACAGGGUAGUUUCGUAAGGCAUUGUUAACAUCCGGCAACGAUGAAGAGCGCUAUUCCGUCUCUAAGGCGGGUAUAAUGCAACAGGAAAUGGAACGAACGCCACAACGCUACAAGGCGAAAGCGAAGAAAACACAAAUACAGGGAUCCUGGGUAUUGAAACAAUUGUAGCAAACUUCGUUCCUGGUGCUGUUCGUUGUGACACAGACACUGACAUCGCAAUUAGAAUUAUUUCUUACUACAAUCUUCUUCUUCACAGAACAUGAACACACAGGCACAAAAUUAAUAUGCCAACACUCCAGACGAGCUCCACGCAUCAUGCCAACACUUGUCAUUAGAGGCAAAAAUGACAAGUGUACUCGUUACGCAUAACUGAAUGGUUCUGGUAUUUGGUAACCUGAAUUUGAUCACAAGGGUUCUCUUUUUGUUUUCCCUUAUGAUCCAACUCAGGUUACCAAAUAGUGGGAGCAUACAAUAGCGCACUCUUAUGCUCAAUACAGGUAGCGCUUUAGGAUCAGUAUACAACGCUUUGUCAGCACUGGAAGAGCUCCUCGUAGGUGAGGAAUAUGCCGGCGAUUUGCGCGAGGCGAUGGGCGAAUUAACUUAAGGCUUUUUCCACAAGUCCAUCGAUGCAUGAUAGAUCUUCUAAUACUUUCGGAAGCAUGAUCAAUCUCGAGAAUAGUACUUUUUGAUAGACCACUACGAACAGAUGGAUAAACUUGUAGACUUCAGAGGGCACUGCAUUGUAAGAUGGCGGGUGGAUAAAUGAUGCUCUUCUAAUCGAAGGACGAGGCUGCUGACCAAGGAGAUGACGCAGUUCACGCAGUCAAGAACGCCAAGGAAGCCCCAAAAGAUUUCAAGGAGUCCCUGAAGCAAACUUUUCUAGCCGCGUUCGGAUUAUGACAUGGGAAGGAAAACAGCGCUCCAACUCCAUUUACUUAGUCAAUAUUAUCGAUGACGGGUAGUCUUCUGCGAAUACCACGGCCUUACCCAGUGCUCCUUCCCCUUGCACAAUAUUUAUAUUACCGACUGACUGACUAUCGUCUUGUCCUCUAGUGCUCCUCGGACAAGAUCGGGGAACAGUUUUCAUGUUAGGCACAAGGUCGCUCGCCUAAACAAGUAGAGGAUGAAGGAUAACUACACUUCAUUGGACUAUAGCCUCCUUCUUGGUCGUCAUGCUGAUUUUCUCACUUAAUAAAUAUAGGCAAAGUAGGGGGGGUCUCUUUAACUUUAUAAUCUUCAUCUUGCUUAACUUAUUUUCUCCAACACUUAUGUUGUUUGGCGAGAGGAAGGGACCUAAGGUAGCCGCAGCGAGUACGCUUAAGUUGCCGAAGCUGGACGAACGAAAAUUUGGCUUUCUCACACUAGAUAAUGGGCUCCGUGUUUUAGUGGUCCAGGAUAAGCUAGCAGCCAAGUCGGCCAUGGGAAUGGCGGUGAAGACUGGAUCCGUAAAUGACCCAGUCGACGUUGCCGGACUUGCCCACUUCACCGAGCACAUGAUAAGGCUUCGACUCUCGUGCAUUAGUAUUUGCUUAAUGUAUUACAUCUACAUCUUCUCUUUCUUCAAGGGCGCCUAGAGAUUGACAUUGACAAAUAUUCAAUCAUGGUUCGAUUUGUGAGGUGGUUCUCGCAGCUUUCUUCUUCAUCUUCUAAGCAAGCUAUUUCUUGGAAGUGAGAAGUACCCCGAUCCCGAAGAGUUUGGCCGUGUGAUCUCCGAGUGUGACGGAAGCGACAACGCCUAUACAGACCAAGACCGCACUGUCUACUUCAACGACUUUUCUCCGCAGUGUUUAGAAACAGUUGCCCCGGUCUUCGCUGGAUUUUUCGAGAAGGCAACGCUAAACGCAACAAUGACAGAGAAAGAGGUCAAUGCAGUGGACCAGGAACACGCGAAAAAUAAGAAUAACAUGAUGUUAAGGCUAAUUUUGAUAAGGAACUCGCAACAAACAAGUAGGGUAACAUGGAUGAUGUUAAGUCUACUUCUCGACUCUCUACUCUCUCCGCGUGAGCGUGAGGUAUCCUUCCACUGCGCUGAGUGGGACUGCUGCUCGUCCCAUUCUUGUUUUCACCGGGAAGUCAUCAUGGAGGGUCGUCUUCGGUACAUCAGCAAGGUUCGUAUCGUAGGCAACAGGCUACAACUCAACUACGGAGAGUGAACAAGACCUCUAAUAAUGCGUCGCCUAUUCGAGCUUAUGCGUGGAAGAUCUGCGUCUGUCGGACACCCCUACGCAAAAUUCUUUACAGGUCCUUGAAGUUGAAAUUAUUUAGGAUCAGCUUUGGACCAGAAUCAAUUUCAACAUCAUCGACUUUCUAAUUUCAGAGGUCAUGAGACCGAUUCAUCAGUUGAACAUGAUUAUAGAUCAAGAUCUACAUCACGAUCACAUCCUUUCGCAGGUAACAAGGAAACGCUGUAUGACGUUCCAAUGAAGAAGGGAAUCCCGAUUGCAGACCGGUUGAGGUCAUUUUAUGACCAGUACUACUGCCCUACGAAUCAAGCGCUGGUGAUCUUAGGCUCUGAACCAAUCACGAAACUCUCCGAGGUUGCAAAAGCCUACUUCAGUUUCGAACGCGAAUGUGUUGAACCAACGCUCACUGCUGAAGAGCUUGCUGCGCAGGAGGAACUAGCUAGGCAAAUAGCAGAAGCAGAAGCAAAAGCACUGGCAGAGGCCGAAGGAAACCAAGUGAACGGCUUGCUGCUUCAGCAGGGUCAUUCUCUUUCAUCUCCGGUUAGUUCUAAACGUAUUAGAGCAGGACAAGAAUACGACCAUCACGACCAAGGGGACAAAAAGAUCAAGAAACAUCAAGAUCAUAAGAAAAACGAUGUAGAAAUGCAAACGGAAAACGAGAAGGAAAUGCUGGCUUUGUUUCAGACGGCUGAGGAGGUCAUAGAGAAAAGUCAAUAUGAACAAAGCAGCCUGCACAAGAGCUCGAUAUCGUCUGAAACAACUAAGCAGUCCAGUAACGCCGCUCAAGGGCAAGGUUCGCAAACAAAGACAAAAAGAUCGAUGAAGGCAGGCGAUGACGUGCUGGCCUGUCCUGAGGCUAGUCCUCAGGAAGCGUCCGACUUCCCGUAUUCGGAAGCCUAUCCACUCCAAUCUAUGCGCCGUCUCUUCACCACAAAGACACUCUCAAAACCAGAAAUGUGGAUCAUGUUUCCGAUCCGAAUUGGGGUACUCCUAGUCUAUUUACUUGGCUCUAUCAGCCCUCUACUUUUUGUAAACGAACUGCGGCAUGCAUUUGAUUUUCAUUUUCUCGCUUUUAUCAAUGAUCUUGAUCACGUCAAAGUCCCAAGAUGGGCAGCAUCAAUCUUGAAGAUACUAGAAGUAGUAGGACCAAUGGAUGCUUCAUGUCGAUGUCAUCAUGCGUGUUCUUUUUCAUUGUUAUGAAUUGUCGCCUUCAUGUUUACCAACGAACUUUGCCAGGACUUGAUGCAUAAGUACCAGUACGGAAUCGAUUCCUACCUGUCCUACUUAAGUGGCGACGCUGGUCCGAACUCGUUUCGCACCGUGAUGAAGAAAAGAGGAUUGCUGACAGACCUUUCGAUGUGGUACACGCCAGGAGUGGCAGGCUCGCAGGUUUUUUUCAUCUUGCAUCUCACGGACAAGGGGGACAAGCAGAUUCACACUGUUUUUUAUGGUCGAUGAAAAUAUAUCUUGAAUUUGAUGUAUCAAUUCAUUAAGAAGCUCGAGUCCGUGUACGAAAAACUAUGGACGAGCGCGUCUAUGAAAUGUCUUCUAAUUUGGAAUGUUUUUCUUCGGUUACAUGGCUGCGGUGCGUAUGCAGGGCGUUGAUGAGGACUAUUACAAGAGUAUCCAGAAAAACGCGGAAGUCCAAUUUGCAUGGUCCAUGCGCUCAUCUGAUCAAAUGGAAGCCGCGGCGUCACUGGCAAACGCCAUGACUCUGUACGCAGACGAUGACGUGGUCUCUGGAGCUUCCCUGACCAACGUGAUGAAGCCCUGUUUGAUAGGAAAAGUCCUGACCUUUCUGCAGUCAUCGAACGCAAAUUUUGGUACUGAUCUGUGAAAGUGAUCAUGCUCGUGCUCGUGCUCCUGAGUCUUUCAAUAAUAUUUAAUAUACCGACUGCAAAAAUUGCACGUGUUGAAGAUGUCAUGUUCUUUGCAGUGUAGUUUUCACUUUCCAAAUAUUUUCAAUUGAUCGACAACCGGAGGACCCACCGCCCGGCCGAAUGAUGCUAUUACUUGUAGGUGUAGUCAUGAUUACUUACACUGAUAGUUGUUUGUUUGUAUUGAUGCGCUCCGGGCAACGCGUACGAUCUCGCCGGAUCGUUUCUUUGUGCUUCGUGUGUUUUGUGCUAAGGUCGCCGUUGCUACUACGCUGAUAGUCGUUUCGUCGUUGUAAUUUCGAUUUUAUGGUUUAUAGAUUUUUCGAACGACUCAAGGUUAUGCAACGAAGCGCCAAGAGCUGCUUCAUAAUUUGCCGAAGACCGUUCCAUACUAUGACAUGAAGUAUCGUGAGGAAAAGCUCACCGAGGGUUUAUUGACAGAGUUUCAGAGCGCGGAAUUUCCGGUCGAGAUGAUGCUCCCUGGCGCAUUGCAGUACAUUCCGCGGCUCGAGCAAGACCUCCGCCCAGUGAGAGACCAGAAGGACGUGCCAGACUGGCACCCGGAACUCGGAUUGUACACCAUGGACCCACAACCCGACACCAUCACGCCCAAGACCAUCAUUGGGUUCAAAGUCGAAGAGGUGCACCACAAGUCGGAAGUUGAGAUCGAGUCCACCGGCAACCUCGUAUCACGCAGACGUGAAGGUCCGGUAGUACAGCAGAAACCAGAAAUCGGCAACGGACCUGUAGGGGCGAACAAGAAGACUACGGCAGCAAGCAGUGCCGCAACAGCACAGCGAGUAGCGGCACCGACAGGGCCAAAGACUGCAGCUUCUGUGCUGUCUCGAAAGAAAACUGACGAGGCACGGGUACCAACGUCGCCAAAAAUGGCUUCUACUGCUGACGCAAAGUCAUCGGGUAUCGUAGACUUCCCAGCACCAGCGCCGUUGAACGCGCCAACUGCAGCACAGGACGAGCAACCAAGCGUUCCAGGUCGCAAGCGCGUUGUCGGUCAAAACAAACAUCACAAGAACCAUCCACUUCCGUCCGAUGUCUUCAAGAGCGCCGUGCCACCCGCGUCAGCAAACCACCCCGCGCAGCGACCGGUCGCGAACCAGGUUGAGACCGCUCCGGCAACAGGGAAAGCGCAGUCUUCACUUGUGGACCCAGCUCAGACCUCGGUCGAAGAUUAUGACUUCCGGAAAUCCAUAUUGAGUAGCAUCUUGGAGCUCCCGUGUAGGGGGAAAACGGAUCCGAGAUGACGCUCAAGAUGGAUUCCCGGAAGGUCUAAGAAGACACGAAGAAACUCAUGGCAGCAGCGGGGGAGAUCAAGGCUCGGUCAAAGGAUGCUUUUGGGCGAACGCUAGAUCUUGCAGAAAAUAGGCAUGCUGCGCACGCAUCUUUCGGCGAGAAGCAGAGGAAGAUCGAGAAGGACGCUGCGCGACCAGGGUUGGACUCAUCACUGGUCCAUUUGCGACAGAGGACAUAUGCUGGACGACGGCAGCAACCAGGGCACGGACCCGGUAUGUUCGAGCUGCGUCGAAGACAGGAGGAUUUUCCGUCAUCUCACACUGAUGCAGAUGCGCACGACGAUGCUGCAGAAGACGGCAGCGACGUAGAAGAAGCUGGCUUCGAAACACAUGACGUGGGUAAUGAGCGUUACGACCACGAACAGGAUCAGGUGCUGAGUGCCGACUUCGGUGAAGAAGAUAUUCGCGAAGACGAGGCAGCUUCGAGAUCGAGCGACGCGCUUCAGUUCCUGCAGCAGGGUACUUGCUUUCUUUCAUUAAGACUACUACUAGACCUACGCCUAUCGUCUGUCGUCCAGGAAUUUUUCUAAGUGAGUAGCAAGCUGUGGAGCCACCAGUUAUGCCAGAUCAAAUGUUUACAGUCCGUAACUUUAACUUUUUUCUGCAAGGAUCAAGAAUAGGCAAGUGUGAAAAACUAGACGGACGGAGGAGAGAAAAGCCAAAACGAUCUUCUCCAGAUACGAGCAGAACCGCAGACGAGCGCAAACGCCAUGCAAAAAGGGAUGAUGAGAAGAGCCCGCCAAAAAAGCAUGAAACGAAAGUAACGUUGUCUUCUAAAGUCGGCACGGAUAGUAGCCGCGAGAAAGCCUCUAGGUCUAGUACCGAUAAAGGUGGUGCGGUUAUCAGCGAGACCUCCAGCAUUAAGGGCGAUACUUUCGCUGGCAUGCAAACUGUCGGACAUAGAACACUAGUCGUGUCCACCGUCUUCAAAUAUACAUCGUCGACUACAUCAACCACGACUUUAUGGAGACACUUGCCUGUUCUUGACAAUAAAUUUCUUUUCCUUGUUGAUCUUAUUCUCUGUUACCGUUAUCGCCGCUAAAGAUAGCUCGUGGUCGUGUACUUCCCCGAUCUUGCUUCCCUCCUCUUGGUAGUAGUUAGUACCACUAAACAACAAGAACAAGAACUAGCAGGUUCUAAACUUUACUACACCGACUCCGCCAACUGAUUCCAAUAGCAAUACAGCAAGCACAUCGACUGCCACUACGACAAUCAUGACAGAACUGCGGACGGAGUCGCAGCGUGCGGAGGCAUACGCGCAAGAAGCAACGACAGGGGCUGCGCAGGAGGCAACGACAGGAGCCGCGCAGGAAGCGACGACUGGAGCUUCGCAGGAGAAGACCACGACGGAGGCUAGUAUCACAGAGGAGGCAAUCGCUGGUGCUGCUGCACACGCCGCUAACGAAGCUGCGAACGCAAAAACAGCUGAGGCAACGGCAGCCGAGCAAGCCGCGGCCGCUGCAACAGUCGCGCGCAUCGCGGCGGAAGAGGCGGCGCAAGCGGCGGCACGACAGGCCGCGGCGGCGGCCCUGGCAGCAAUGCAAGCGGAUUCAGACUCUGCGUCGCAAGCCGCGGCUGCGAAGGCCGCAGCGGAUGCAGCCGCAGAACAAGCCGCGGAGGAGGCAGCCGCGGUAAGAGCUGCAGAGGAAGCAGCACUGGCGAAAGCUGCCCAAGAAGCAAAAGUUACGGCUAAUGCAGCACUAUCCUGCGUGACCGUGAGCAGGUAUUCCAUGAUUAAGUUUUAGUUUACUCCCCUCGUGUGCCUGAAAAGAAGAAGCAUAAUUUACUUAUCAUGAGGCGAAUGCUAUUUUCAUCACUCAAAUGCGGGUCACAGCAUAAUCUUCCUUUUGAAUCAUAGCUAAAUCCACUAACUAUGUAGUAGCGCUAAAAAAGACGCGAGAGCCGCUCAUGAGGUCGCAGAUUUGAAGGAGGCGGAAGCGGUUGAGGAAGAACAACAGGCGGAUGAGGAAGAGGAGAACAGACGUGCUGAAAGUCAAAGCACUACCGAGAUGCCUCCGCUGUCGGAAGAACAUGAGGCGGCCACGGGAACAACAAACCAGCGAUCCUUAAGGGUAGUUUUUCAUUAUCCCGCUUUCAGUGGAGAAUGUACUUCUACUUCGGGUCUGUAUCCUGGUUUAAAGCAGGACUGACUCCGGGAAAUUUCGAGAAAGAUGGAGUCCUUCCCUCCACCAGCACGGGCAAUGAGACACUACCUCACCUCUAAAAACGGGUCCAGGCACCAACAGCCAAGAACAGGUAGCACAAAUACUCAAGAAUGUGCCGGAUUUGAAAAAGCAAAUUCUGCAAGCAAUCCACCACAAUAUCGCAGGCUACCAGUUAGAGGCGGAAUUAGAUAAGUUCGCGAACGUGGGAAACAGGUAAUACCAAGCCCAUGUUCUUUUUCAAACAACGUUCCUAUGUAAACUCAGAUUUAUUAUUCCCUGGGACAAUAUCAAAAUCAAUAAUGAAGAACCUUCUUCUAGGUAAAGCCCUUUCAACAACUACUGAGAUGAAAAUUUUAGCUAACUAACCCUAACGCAGACGCUAGUACGUGUGAAAUCAUAUAACUAAGUAACCUAGAACACACCAAAAGGCUUAAAAUAAUCGUUUCUUUAUCUAACUCCAGUUACUCUUUCGGUGUGAGCAGUACCGGAAUGUCGUUUUCGUUUCAGGGCUUUCCCGAUCAUUUGGAAGAGAUGAUGAAGCUUGUUGUUCCGCGUGCGGUGAAUCCGAUAGCGCGAAGCGUGGAUAGUGAAUUGGAACUCCGCAAACAGUUCCGUUUUGUUGUGCAAAACAUGCGCGCGAACCUCAUGGACGUCUCCAACAUUCUAGCAGUCCAGCAUUCGAGCUCGUAAUAAUGCCCUCAACAAGCAUCACAUACUCAUACUGUAAUCCAUCAGUUUAUUUAGCUGCAAUUAUCUUUGGAGAUGAAGUUCAGAGUUCUCUCUGAUCUUCAAUUGACGAGAACUACUAGGGACGCGCACUUGUACCAAUCACAUAGUUUUUUACUGAAGAUCCUACGUGGCAACACUCUUCGUCACUCAGAAUGAAAAUCAGGUAUCAAGGCCUAGUCUUGUCAGCGGAAGCUUUCUCUCGAGAGGAGAAACUAGCGUUCGUUUCGAAGUACUACAAUCCGCCAGCCGGAUCGCCGGACGCCGAAGCGGCUUCAACUAAAGAGAGCAGUAGUAACACCGACGAAGAUGGUGGUGUGCAAGGUGGCAUUUCCAGUAGAGGACAAGAAACUCAAGGAGGUAAAGAAUCUGUUCCGACGACAUCGCUGGCCUUGCAGAGCAUGCGCGACAAGGGCGCUACGAAGAAAGGUGGAGAUCGCCGGACACACUCCUCGACGAAGGAGAUUAAGCGCUCUGCGUUGGCUGCGCGCGCACUGAAGGAAUUAAAGAAGGCCGAAAAUAUUGCAGCCGACCUGCGCAAGCGCCGAGCUAGCCGUGGCUCUAUGGACGAGAGCGUUACAGAGGCAGAGAAACGACUCGUGCGCGUCGAAGAAAUAAUGACCUCUCUCCAAAACUACGCGGAAAAGCAUGGUUCAAAAUCGGGUAAGACGAGCAAUAGCGAAGAAGCGGACUCAAACGAGGACGAUAGGGAGUCCAACGUCGAUAAGGACGCUGAAGAAGAAGAAGAAGAAGAUGAUGAUGCGCUGAAGGCACAAAACCAAAACGUAGGAAAAAUUGAGGAAGACGAUGAAAGCGAAUCCUUCGAAUCCAGUGCAAUCUCGUUUUUACAAUCCUUGCAGGACUCAGAACUCAGCUUCCAGGACGAAGAUGAAGCAGAGGACGUACCGAAUGUUUCACUUGUUGUAAUACUGUACUGGUAAUGUAAUACUAAUCAAUGGGCAAGACAUGAUAUGAAAUUCCUACUUGUUGUGCGAAUUUUUCCAAUAUCGCCAUUUGCACAGCCGUUUGAAGGGACGAAUCUUGCUUCCCUGUACGACGAUUUCCAGACAUAUUUGAAGCGUCCGGAUAUGAAGGUGAAACUGAAGGUCACCUUAAGGCUUCCCCAAAUUCAUCUUAAGAAGCAUCUUUGAAACGGUUUCAAUGGGAGAAGAGGGCAAAGAUGCGCUUCGAGAUGAAUAAAGAAAAGUUCUAAUCGCCGCGUUUUCUGUGGGCAAUAUGCGUUAUGAGCAAGCAGUGUCCAUGACCAGCCUGAUGCGCGAUCUCAUCAGUCGCGCAGACGCUCGCGAGGUUCUUCGCGCCGAUAGGAACGCGACCUACAAUCUGCACGACAGUGCGCCCAACAGCUUAGCGGAGGCCCACUCUGCCGCCAACGACAAAUACCGCCACCUGCGACAUGAACACGCAGUUCGGAACGUACUAAGUAGUAGACACUCGGCGGCCCACAGCAACACGGCGUUGUAUGAAGGCGAUAACAAACCGCUGAGUAUGACCACUGAUGCUGCAAUGAGCGCAGGCAUUGCGCACAUGCAAGCCGUCGCGGCAGCAAGGCGCUCAGCGGCCAGACCAGGGUUGCCUUUUGGGUCCCUCUUCUCCACCAACAGUGCUUGUGGAAACAGGACUGAGGACGAAGAGCGCAAGGAAGGAGAAGAAAUCAAGAAGAUGUUUGUACCAGUUUACGAGCCCGUAGUGCUGAAUCCGGGAGAGCGCAUUGAAAUGCGUCUUCAGAAUCCAAUUCCGACGGACGACAAUGAUGCUAUCCGGGUCACCUAUCAAUUCGGUAUUCCCGAUGUGAAGGAGAAAGCGUUAUUGAAUAUUUUGGCACCAUUGGUGCAAAAGGAAACAUUUUCCUUCCUGCGAACGGAGAAGCAGUUGGGCUACAUCGUCUUUGGACAUAUCGCACCAACGGGAAAUGUCGUCGAACUUAGCAUUGGCGUACAGGGAACGAAAAUGACUCCGGAUCAAGUAGAGUCCUUUAUUCUUGACCUCUAAGUAUAUUAUGUACCUCUAAAAGUACCUUCUAGGACUACCCUAGGCCCAGGAGGCUUGAGGGCUCUUAUUGUCGACCACAACAGAAUGGUCUGUUAUUUAAAGACUACGGAACGGACCGAACAUAUGACAUCUGUCAUUUUCGAGAACUCCAUAAAAAAUCAUAACAUUAAAUAACUCAGAUCGAGGCGCUGGUUACUGAGAACAAUAAACGUAUCCGGAAUUUGUUGAUGAACAUGCCGCUGUUAGAGAUCGAGAAGCGUCGCGAUGCGCUAAUAAGCUCACUGGAAACACCGCAUGCAAACUUGGCGGAGCAAUACGACGCUGUUUGGACUCAGAUAGCCGGCGAUCAUUUGUGCUUCCAACUGAAGCAGUGGAUGCUCGAAUACUUAAGGCCGCUAGAUUGUCAUAUUAUUGAUAUGCAAGAAUAGCGAAGGUGUUCGACAUAGCUAGUUGGGGCGCGUACUAUAUUCGCAGACUAUCGGCAUCCCUCUUCCUCUCUCUUCAGUAUUCCGCAUUCUGCACGUAUUCGUGGGGGCUGCGCAUCCUACACGCAGCGUAUGCGAUUGGCCAUCACACACGGCAUUCAUAUUCUACUCGUGCUCGUAUUCACUCUAUUCCUACUCAAGUAUUUAGUACUCACCCUAUGUAGUCUGCACCUUCAAGUAUGCACCUCAACUACUCAAGCUCAUACUGCAGAUAAGUAAGAGCAACCACAUUAGCACUCACUUCGUUACGCCUACACCGAGGUUGUCGUGUGGAGUAAGUUGUCUGGUCAGGCCUAAGAUUCAUGACGCACAAAAAACGCGAUCAUAACUCCUCGACCCUUAGACCAGUGUAACUAGAGAAGGGGACGACACAUUAUCCUUUUUCAUUUGAGUGAGUAGAGGUUGCGCCUCUUGAAGCAAGUUGAAAGCAAAUUUAAUUCAAUUUAAUUUGCUACAAGUGUUUCUUCUAAAGUAUUUGAAGGGGUAUAUGCUGCCAGCGGCCGCUUUGGAAGAGGCACACGACAUCGACGACCUUACCGAUGAUGCUAAAGAGGCACAACAAAUUGCCGAAGAAGCCUCGCAGGAGGAGGAAGGAGCCGCUGCUUAAGACGAACACCAUGUGUAGUGUACGUUAGUUAAAAUAAAAAUUCAAAGAUAAGAGCAUCCCAAACUUCGUUCAGCACAUGCCAACCCUUCAACCCGUUCCGACUUACGUGGGUGGAAGUAUACCAACGACGACGAAGAGAUGCACGCUGUGGCUGAGUACUUAGCUCUAAUCUACGCAGGUUGUACCCCAGUCGUCAUCGGAUAAAAGGGCGGGCGAGGAAACUGCGACCGCUGAGGAGCAAGUCUUCAGCCCUGAAAGCCAACAGGAGGCGGAGUCUUAUAGCACCACACCAGCGCCUGACUCUUCUAUCGCUGACAUCGAUGACCAGAACCAGGAGAAAGACACGUUAUGAAAAAUAAUCACGAUAUUACGUAUGUUAACCGCAAAAAUUCUACUAUCUUUGUUCUCUCUAUUUCUGGAUGUGCAUCAUCUCCUGUACGGGGAUCAAAAUAAUCAACGUUUGAUCUGUGGUCAUCUUAUUUUUACAUUUGAUUUUCAGUUUCACCUACUUCUUGCUUCAUUUCCCCUGGCAGACAAGAUGUAUGAAAAGGACGAGAACGAACUGGACCAAGAAGUUGUGGAGCAGGAUCAGGAACGAGAGCAGGAGCAGGAGGUAACCUCCAAUAGCACAACAUCAAGUGAAACGACUGAAGGUGGCCCUUCACUGACAGAAAAGGGAGACAAUGAGGGUCUGGAGGUUGACUUACUAGAAGGUCACGACAACUUCGGAUACGACAACGAAGAAGCAUCCUCUUCUUUUCUACAAGUCGAGGAGACUCCGAAGAGCAAGAAGCAGGGCCAUCCCCUGCAACAAAGGUUCACUUCACACUCAACCUCAGCGAGUCUAGCGAGAGUCACUUCUGCAAAGAAGAGAACACUGGUGGCUCUGCACAACGCCGAAGGCGGUAGAGCAGAGCAGUACCGCCGGGCGAGAAAGAGGGAGCGGAAACUAGAAGAAAUGAUAGUCAGAGAAGCCAUGAUGCUGUCAGAAGUCCGAAAAGAAAUUCGGAACGGAUUCGGCGGUUGGCAAAGCACCUCACCGCUUCAAAUAGUCGAAGUCGGAAGAAGGUUCUUCUUUUUUGUAAGUACUCAUAACCGGGGGACGGGAGAACAGCCUGCAGGAGGUGCUCAGUGGCUGUUCCCUGACCUCUCCUACCCCUUUGGGUACUCUCCUUUCUUCCUGUAAACAACUUGUCGGCUGUGCUCUCUACUUCUCUUUCAUCCUUUCCUCUUCUUCCAUGUCGUCACGCUGAAACUACUAUUAGCUUCAUCAUAUAAAAGUAGCUCUUCUUCUGUUUUCGUUCCUUUUCCAAAACACCACUUAGGAACAGCUGAGAGCUGAAAGCUUCACAACAUCCCCAACAAGAUCGUUAAAUCAAUGCCUUACACUCUUUGGCUUUAAAGUUAUUUUUUAUUCUGUUUUGAAAAAGAAAUUAUCUCUAUGUUGUCGCCGAACUAGAAGCAUGUAAAACUAAAUGUAAAUUGCUUAUCAUGAUUCACGAUCAUCGUCCACCCAGGUCCAUGGCGGAGGAGAAAUUCAUGCGCAAACGCGGCUCAGCGGCCGGUCAACCAGACGAAAGGUCUAUGCUUGCACAAGGGCACAAGUACGUGCGAAAAAUCCAUGGCAAGGCAAACGCUGCUUUUCGAGGGAAGCAAGAGAGACUACAACAAGGAAGAGCCUCUUCAUCAUCGAAGGACAAGGCCACCAUGUCGAAGGCACAAUACACUUCCUCUAGUUCUACCAGGACUGAGCUGGAGAAGGCAAAGGCACAGGCGCUCCACACUGUGCAGAACGAUCUUGUUGCAGUGUGGGACAAAUUUUUUAAGGAGGAUCCAAUAGUAGUGAAAUUAUACGGGACCGACUCGGCGAAGAAGAUGAAAUCAGCUUUGCAGGAGGCCGCCACCGGAGUGGGCGAGGGCGGCAUUUGCAAGGCAUUACCUAGUAAAACUACGAACAAAUCUUCCUUCGCAGAAAUGCAUAGGAGAGCUACGCAGAGCAUCGCAACAUCAGCAUCCAGUAGAUCACCCGCAACGCCUUUACACGAUACGUGUCUCCUAACCGAAGUUCCGGACUCACACGAUAAGCAAGAGAUCUUCCGAACGCAGCACUUCACGUCCUAUAGCAGGGACAUCGUGUGCAGUUAAGGUUUGCAGUAAUUCAUCUUGUGGAGGAGCACGAGCAUGCUGUUUGGUCUCCUUUUUCUUGAGGAGAGGAAAGCACCAAAAAGAUGACUUGUCUAUUCUUCUUCUUCAGGAUGAAUAUUUAUAAGCAAGCUCUAAUGUACGCCCUAUAAGCCGCCAGGAGAGGGGCAACAGCAACUAUUCCUCUGA